GAAAAAAGAAAAGAAAAAAAGGAAAGGGAAAGCGAAGGAACGGAAAUCAGUUAGCGUAACCACUGAGUAGGAAGUAAGAGAGACAGGCACUUUGUUUGUACCACCGAUUAUUAUUUCAAUAAUAAUCCUGCUCUCCCAACUCCCACCACUCUGCCUCUAUCCCUUUUUCUUCUUUUAUUAUUUCUUCUCCCUUCAUUUUUUGUUCUAUCUGUCCGUUUCCUUCCUUUGUUUCUCUAUUUCUAUCUAUCUUUGUUUUGUUUUUUUUUUUUUUUUUUUUGAGGCCAAUAGUUUCAGAUCCUAAAUGAUCGCUUCGUCUCUUUGAUACCUUCUCCAGAAACGUUACAUUUUGAGCUUGGUUUGGAAUUGCGCGAUCUGGGCUGUUACUUUUGUUGGAACUGACUCAAUAGAGCUUUCACAUCGCAGGCAAAUUCUCAGUUGUCGAUUCUCUUCAAAGAGCUAUAUAAAUUACAACAGUUUAGGUUUUAUAUAGGAAAAUGUUAGGAGGCAACAAUGGCAAUGCUGUGCUUCCAAUUUUCCUGGAUGAGAAUCAUCUUCAGUAUCAGACAAAUGCAUCAAAUCAACUGCAGUUAUUUGGAAGCUUGCCAGCUGGGUGUACUAUUGAUCCUGUGAAUUAUUUUGGAAAUGAGCAUCCUGCUCCCAUGAUUCGACCCAAUAAAAGAGGCAGGGAAACAGAAGAUAUUCAAAGGCAGCAAAAGUUACAAAUUUCCUUGAAUUGUAACAUUUGUAAAGAGGAAGCUGACCGUUCUGCUAGCAUUCCAAAUCCUAAUGCUGUGUCAACUGGCUUACGGCUAUCGUAUGAUGAUGAUGAGCGGAACUCAUCUGUGACUUCUGCUAGUGGAAGCAUGACACAAGGACCAUCAAUGAUCUUGUCACUCAGUGACAGUGUUAGAAGCGAACUUGAUCGUCAGAAAGAGGAAUUUGAUCAAUUCAUCAAAAUUCAGGAAGAGCACUUGACAAAGGGAAUAAGAGACAUGAAUCAGAGACACACGGCUUCUUUUCUUGCUGCUAUUGAGAAAGGCAUCAGCAAGAAGCUUAGGGAGAAGGACAUAGAACUAGAGAUAAUGAAUCGCAAGAAUAGGGAACUGGUUGAGAGAAUAAAGCAGGUGACUAUGGAAGCCCAUAAUUGGCAUUAUAGAGCAAAAUACAAUGAGUCGGUUGUUAAUGUCUUGAAGAGCAACCUUCAGCAAGUAAUCUCACAAGGUGCUGAGCAGGUGAAGGAAGGUUUUGGAGACAGUGAAGUUGAUGAUGCUGCCUCUUAUAUUGAUCCGAACAACUUUCUCAGCAUUACUGUUGCUGCUGCAAAAUCUGUUUCCAGGAAUCAUGGCAUGAAGGAACACAUGAUUUGCAGAGCAUGCAAGGCAAAGGAGGUGUCCAUUUUGUUGAUGCCGUGUAGGCACCUUUGCUUGUGUAAAGACUGUGAUGUACUAAUCAGUGUUUGUCCUGUAUGCCAGGUAAUGAAAACGGCUGGUGUCCAAGUGUACUUAUCUUAAACCGUGAAACAAAUUACACAGAAGAUGAAAAAUUUAUAUCCUUUCUUCCGUAUGACGCGCCAGCAUUUUCUUUCCCCCGACAGACAAUGUAUGAUGAAAAGUAAAGGAUUUCUUGGAAUGGAUUUCCCUAACGUGAGCAAAACAUCCUUGUUCCUCUUAUGUCAUUUUGCAUGUGAUGCGCACGAUGCUAGGUGUUCCCCAUGUCUUAAGGUUUGUCUGUUAAAGUGUUGGUAAUUGCUAAGAAAAAGUGUUUUUAAAUUGGAUCAUUAAAUCGUUAAACUUAAGCUUAGGGACAAGGGUUCCGAGUCUCCCAAGGGAAGGUGAAGACACGUUCAAGGAUGAUGGCUAAUUGGUGGUGGGUGUGGGCCGUGUAUUUCAAUAUUCUAAUUUCCUCCUACUUUUCUCUUUGGCGGUUGGCCAUUUUCCUCCCUUUUGAAUCAGUCUUUUUUGAUUCUCGCACGUAGACUCAGCAGACGGUGCAAUAGUAAGUUACUAACCAUUAUGCCUUGGCUGCGAAAUUAGAGCGCAACAGUGAGUCAGGAUUGUCGUUGGCCAAGCCUGCAGCUUUGCUCUUGAUGUUCUGACAUGUACGCAAAGAGAAAGAGGUGAAAAGAAAAACAGGUAAAAAUUAAAAAGAGAGAGAGAGCGCU